CUAGCGUCAGAGCCCAAUAUGGCUCGAAACACUUCAUGUCUUUACCAGCAAUUUCAUGAUUACAAGGUCGAUUUUCUCGUCCAGGUUUAUGAAUCUUCCGAUUCAGGCUGGCCAAAAGGAGACGACCAUUCACAUUCCUGAGUAUAUCUGAUACCCUUUGUCUUUUUAUAUUUGCUUUUGCUCAGCCUCCAGCAUGUGGUCUUCGUAUUGGAAAGCCUGCAUACUAGGCCUUCUAUGUACAAUUUUGACACGAAACCUCGUCGCUGCGAUCGGAUUGGCAAACAUUACCGCCGAACUCGAACCUCGACUCUCCCCGGGUGCAAGAAUCAUUCUUCCAAACAACACAGACUUCGAGUUGGCCACCUAUCGGUGGUCUACUUUUGCUCAGCCUCGUUUCACCGUUGUUGUUGAGGUCGCUACGGAAAGAGACGUCGAGGAAACAGUCAAAUAUGCCAACGAUCAGAAAUUACCCUUCCUAGCUGUAUCCGGUGCUCAUGCAUUUACAGCCUCUUUGGCCAAUUUUCAUUAUGGUAUCGAGAUCUGGCUCCAUAGACUCGACUGGACCUUUGUCUCAGAGGACGGUGAUACUGCUACCAUAGGUGGCGGUAUCCUGACUGGCCAUCUCAUAGAGGCCUUGUGGAGAAAGGCGAAGUAUGCAGUAACCGGCUUGUGUGAAUGCACUAGUUUUGUGGGUCCGGUCCUCGGAGCAGGUCACUCUGUUCUACAGGGGAAGUACGGCUUUGCCACUGAUCAACUAAUUUCAAUGCACCUUGUGACCGCAGAAGGAGAGAUCCUCGACGUCUCGGCCUCCGAGCCUGAUCCUGACCUCUUUUGGGCCAUACAGGGCGCAGGUCAUAACUUUGGGAUUGUCACUUCAGCCACUGUAAAGAUAUAUGAUAUUCCCGAUCGAGGUCUCUGGGCUCACGAAGACUACACCUACGGCCGUGAGAGUGUGGAAAGUCUUUUUGAGACAUGGAAUCGAUUCCUUCCACAUCAACCUCCUACCGUUGUCCUUGUGGGCUUUAUUUUGCGAAACGCCAGCAUAGAUGCUGUGAACCCCGUGGUACAGCUCUCUAUCAUGCAGGAGAAUGUGACAUAUGUUGAUCCCAGUAUUACCGAUGCUUUUCGCAGUAUCAAUCCUAUCUCUAUCCGCUCCGGCCUCGGAACAUACAGGGAUCUUGCAAGGUGGACCCGGUUCGAUUUCAACAAUCCUGUGUAUUGUACCGCAAGGAAUUGGUCCGCGACCCAUUUUCCAACUGGACUCCUCCAAUGGAAUGCGACGGCGCAGCGCAUGGCGUACGAUGUCUUUUCAAGGAUCACGGCGAAAAAUUCGCCAUUCAAUACUUCUGAGUUCUUGCUUGAGGGCUUUCCGAUGCAGGGCGUCCAAGCCGUCCCGGAAGAUUCCACAGCAUACCCUAACAGGGAGGACAAUAUAGUCGCCUAUCCCCUUAUCGGGUACCGUACAAACGCGAGCUUGGAUCACAUGGCUGUUGAGGCCGGCGAAGCACUUAGGCGAAUAAUGGUCGAGAGCAGCGGUCGGGAGGAACUGCACGCAUACGUUAACUAUGCUCUUGGCGAUGAAUCACCUGAGCAGGUUUAUGGCUAUGAGGAAUGGCGCUUGGAAAAGCUGAAGGAGCUGAAGAAGACAUAUGAUCCUGAGAGGCGUUUCAGUUACUUUGAACCUAUUCCGAUCUGACCAUUCUCCUGGAGCCUCGCUCGUGUGUGGUGA